UGAAAUGCUCAGAUUGGAAUGGCCAGAUGGCGUGGCCUGGUCUCCCUGGAGGAUUAGCCUGUCAGGGUUCUGGGAAGAUUGUGAAGCCAGCUUGGAGAUGAGAGGUGACUGGAGAACUGUGGCAAAUGUCCUGACGAUGAAACCUUCUGUGUGGUCUGACCCAUCGUGACGGGAUCCUUGUGCACAGACAGUGGUCGUCCUGCCCAGGCAUGGGAAAUGAUUAGCCUGCUCAUGUUUCUUCUUCUGAGAAGGACAUCUGCACAGAUACUCCCAAGGGAGCAAAGGGGAAGGUGCGUGCCCAGGAUCCAAAGAGCCAUUGGAAAUGAGCCCACUCCCUUUGAAGACUGAAAGAUGCUGACCCAUUUGUAUAGGGAAGGAAGCAGCAGCGUAGACAGUUUGAGCAAAGGAAGCUUAGUGAAAGAUGCUGUAAUGUGGCGAUGGCUGUGGGACGGUGGUGGUGACGUGGAGAACGUCUCAUGUUCCUGAGGUCUCAACACCUACAAUAACCCAAACCGAGGCUUCUAAAGAGCGUGUGACUGGCUCCCUGCCGGGGGGUUGUGAGGAUGGACGGAGGGCCUCCUCCAGGGAGCACCGAACCUGAGGGAGAGAACAGAGGCAAGGGGCAUGUUUUUGAGAGCCCGCUGGACAGACAGUGGCUGUAAGGACGAGCAGUGCUGACUGACAAGGCUAUGAGAGAGCUUUAUCAUGGAAAGCCACAGCUACCGAUUUCCCCCCUUUUCUAUCGAAGUCUCCGAGCCUGCUCUAGUGCGGCUAGCCACAGUCGCCGCUAGACGAGCAGAUAAUGGAAUCAUGUUCCAAACUGAGGUGCUGGAGCAUGGGGAACAUCUCAAACACUUGCAGCUGCGAAGGACGUUCUCUGGACUGUCUGAAGAAACUGUGUUCCGGAUUCCCAGGGAGGGAAGGCCUUUGGAUAGUCCAGACAGCUCAAUAAUGCAGCCAAGGUACCAUGUCAAGGACAGGCCGGUAGAGUCAGUGCCCGGGGAAGAAAGCUUCAGGGAAAGCAACGCUGUGACUUUUUACCGGCGAAGCUGCCCAGGGGAGAGACCUCACGUGUGUGCUGAGUGUGGGAAAGGCUUUCGGCUGAAGAAGAGCCUCACGAUGCACCAGAGAAGUCACACGAAGCUGGGAUGCUACGAUCCUGCAGCGUGUGAGAAAAGCUUUGUGUACAAGCAGCACUUGACAAUGCACCAGAGAAUCCACCCUGGAGGGGCCACUUACAGCUCUGUGGAGUGUGAGGAAAGCUUCAAACAGAAUCACCACCUGAAAUCCCACCCCAGAAUCCAGACAGCGGACAAGCCGUACAGUGCCACUAAAUGCACGAAAAGCUUCAACGUCAAAUCACCUUACAGGCAGCACCAGAAAAGCCACGUGCGAGAGAGACCCUAUAAGUGUAAUAAGUGCCAGGAGUGCUUCUCUCAGAAGAAAAGCCUCAUCACGCAUCAGAGAAUGCACACGGGAAGGAGUGGAGGGUCGUUAAUGUGCACGUACUGCGGGAAGAACUUCAGUCACCCCUCGGAUCUGAUUCGACACCAGAGGAUCCACACGGGGGAGAGACCCUACCAAUGCACUGAGUGCACAAAAAGCUUUACGCAAAAGCAGCAUCUGCUCCAACACCAAAAAAUCCACACCCGCGAGAGGAACCGUCUAAACGUGCAGAACAUGAGAGACGCUUUGCUAGACAACAUCUUCUUCUAGCUCACCCAGGGCCCACUCAGUGCUUUGGCCCUGUACUGUCGCCAUGUGCUUGUUGGUGCAGACAAUUUAUCGCCAAAGGAUGCACACUGUAGGGUAGGGGUCACACAGACUUCUUGCUGGAGUGGUGAUGUGUUGCGGUAUCUCGUAGCUCACUUUUAAUGUGAAAUGCUCCACGUUUUAAAACAAGUGACUUGAAUCACUUAAUUGAAGUGAUAACUAAAUAUGUUUCUCGGGAAUGUCUGCUAUUUGUCUGGAAUUGGCAAUAUGCAAGCUACUCCCCUCGAUGAUAUCCUGCAGCAGUCAGUUCCAUAAGUUAGUCACAUGUUGUACAUGCCCCAAACGGUCUACAGGUUACUAAAAGUAUACACACGCACCCGGGGCACUGAGUGAUACCCUUGCUGACCGUCUCUGGGCAGAUGCCAGGGAAUGGGAGUUGGUUGCUAGGGGUAGGGCAGUGAUGAGGCAUAUGAACAGGGCAGACCGAGGAAGUUUGCUCUGCAGCUGCCAAGUUCCCUACAACUAUCCAUCCAACUCCUUCUCGAGCACUGAAACUGACUUCUCUGUGCUGUCAGUUGGGCCAAAUUCUUUCUAAAUGACACUGUAAAUCUGGGGGAACCCACUGAAGACUCUGGAGUAAUUCCAGACUUAUGCUGCAGUAGUUGUGAUCAGAAUUUGGUCCAAGACUCAUCGCACAUGAGUACAUCUGCAGGCGAGAGCGCAUUCGCAAGGUUUCCUUUUAUACCUCUGUUUAAGACACAAACAAUGCAAUUGAAUAGAAAAACAAAUUGUUAGCAGGAGACAGUACUUUCACUACACUCACGCUUGCUGAAUUUCAUAUUGCAGUGAAUUACUGUCUUGAUUGCCCUCUUUUUCCUGGUAGCUGUAUCAUAAUAUUUCUGUUUAUUUAUUAUCUGGUCAGUAUUUUUCCUGUCUGCACAGUAUUUUGUUUGUUUCCUUUCUGUGCAGCUCAUGGUGUAUCUGCUUCUCUUAUUCUCCUCUCAGUUCUUUUACUCUCAGUUUUGGGAAUCAGGGCUUGCCAUACUCCGGGACUGUUAAACUCACACAGCUUGGUAACACUUAUUUAUUUGGUACAUUGUCUAAAUGUUUAGAUCUCAGCUACACUGGGGCGAAAACUGCUACCUGAAGUGGUUUGAAACCUGUUUUAGUUGGUCACAUCAUAUUAAUCCAGGGUUAGAAACUAUAUUGUCCUCUCCUGGGUUCCAGUUUGGGCCUGUAACUGGUGUCUGGUUGUUAGGACUGUGGCCCCUCAUGGAGGGGCAGAGCUGUUCCACUGACUCAGUCUGGCAGUCAGACCUGGGUGGGUCUCAUUAGCUCCAUUUGGGAACAUCAAAGGCUGUGGGCCUUUAAGGAAGAGAGAGCUAAAGGGGGACCUGCAGGGAGAAGCCUUAAUACAGUUUCGCAGGAGAGAGAUUGGCUGGUGAUUGACUUUGAGGGCUGGGCUAAGGUCUUUGUUUCAGUACAGUCCUGCCAUAAGGUCUUGUUCGGUCAUUUAAAUAAAGGCAAACUCCAGAAGGGCGCUGAAUUUGGACAGUAACCAUUAUGGGAGCAUGGAGUGGGGACUGUAGCCAUUUACAGGGCCUUUUCCCCACUCCCUACCUAACCCAAUUUGGGCCCAUCCGCACUCCCGAGCCAAGCUGGGUUUAAACCCAAUGAACCUGAGUAGAUUUUUUUUUAAAACCAGUUUAUGACUGUUUUAGUCCUUGUGCAGCUGGGAGUUCGUAUUUAAUAUAGUGUGUUGGAUUUUUAGUUGAGAAGUUUAUUUUUCCCAGCAUUGGUGAGUUCUUUGAUUUCCCAGUGGCUCUGAGGGUUGUGAUCAGGUCUCUUGUUGGUCUCUGUGUGUGUAUUCAUUUUUCCAAGUGUACUAAUCCAGGAGCACCUCAGGCUUCACCUGUGCCAAAUUGCUGCACACCAUGGCCAUCCUGACCCACCCGAGGACAGCAGGGCUAGAGCGCAGAUCUUCCAGAAACACAGGGCCCUGCCACAUGUGCAAAAGGAGAAUCUCUCUUCGCAUUUAGCAACCUAGGGCCUGUGGUAGGUGGAGGAACACUCCUGAUUUUGUCCAGUACGCGUAUACUAGCCCGUUCUUCGGUGUCUGUUUUUUUAAUUACUUCACUUAACCCCCUUAUUUCCCUUUUAAACUUGUACUGUUUAGACUGUGAGCCCUCCUGGGCAGGGAACCUGUCUCUGUCUCUAAGUGCCGGGUAAAUUGACGGCAGUAGAUGCUUGAUUAUUAAUAAUAAUAAAAUUAAGCUUGAACAAACGA